CACUUUCAAAUUUUAAAUCCAUUUGAGUAAUUAAUUUAUUGAAUAAAAAAGGUAAGUUAACCUUUAUUGGGGUAAGUAAACUUAUAUUCGAGGUAAUCAAAGCUUCUCAAAAUUUCAUCUACCCAGACAAUCAAAUUGAUUUCUCUCUCACCGAGUAACCGAUCAAAAAAAUUGAUUUCUUUUUCACCCAAACAAGCAAAGUUGUUUUCAUCACUUGUUCCCAUUUUCUUUUUCUUCUCCUUCUCCUUCUCCUUCUUCACCCCAAUUUUUCCAUACCGCUCGGACCUCAGAUUGGUGGUUGAACGGAGACGGGACCUCAAAUAUUUGGCUAGUAUAACGGUGACGAGUCAAAGGCCUUCACCUCUAACGUAAAGGACGGCUGGAGGAAUUAUCAUAUUCGCGUGUUUGUAUUUUUGCGUGAAUAGGACUGGAAAUUGUGUUUUCACCAAAAGGAAAAAAGAAAAAAGGAAACCCCAGUUAGUGGUAAAAGGGGGCUUAAUUUUUUAUGUCGCUGAGGAUAAAAUCAGUGGUAGAUAGGUUUGUACAAGAGCUGAAGGAAGCUCUUGAGGCAGACAUACAGGAUAGAAUCAUGAAGGAGAGAGAAAUGCAGAGCUACAUUGAAGAGAGAGAACGUGAGGUUGCCGAGCGUGAAGCUGCCUGGAAAGCCGAGCUCUCACGCCGUGAGGCAGAGAUUGCUAGGCAGGAAGCCAGGUUAAAGAUUGAACGAGAAAAUCUCGAGAAAGAGAAAAGUGUGCUCAUGGGGACCGCUUCAAAUCAAGACAAUCAAGAUGGAGCCCUUGAGAUUACUGUUAGUGGCGAAAAAUACCGCUGCUUGAGGUUUGCAAAGGCAAAGAAAUGAGACCAAAAUGGCUUACUUUUUCGUAUUUAUCGCACUAGAAUUUGUUAGUUUAUUUGUUUAUUUUUUAGCAUGUUGUCUUCUAUGGUCUAUUUCUUGCGGAACAUGAAUAUCAUUGAUGAUUAAAUCAUUUUCCUAAUUGUUAGGAUUAAUUUUUAAUUCCUUAAGUUGUUAAAGUUUGAAUGGUGGAUGGUUUUGUUGCUUUGAUGAGCAAACCCAGCUGUCUAAAUCUGUUUUGAAGCAGGGUUUUUGUUGAAAAAAAUCAUGGACAUUGAUGUAUAUAUUGAUCCUUGCACGGUAUUGUUACUUAUGGCAAGAAUCAAUCAUGUUUAGUUAAUUUCAUGGUUUUAUUAGACAAUUUUAAGUGCACUAUUACUUGCAAGGGGUGUGUAUUCUGCAGCGAAGAGCGACUAUUCUGGCCUUGUACAGACUUCAAUUACUUUGAUAUUUAGAGUUGAAUAAUAGUUGUUACAAAACAAUAUGUAAG